AUGCCGAACAGAAAAAUACUAGAGCAAUUAUCCCACGAAGAUUACACGGUCGGCUGGGUAUGCGCGAUUACCACUGAGUAUAUAGCCGCCCAAGGGUUCCUUGACGAGAAGCACGAGCCGCUAGAGUCACUACCCAACGAUACCAAUGACUACGCCUUCGGGAGGGUGGGAAAACACAAUGUUGUCAUCGCGGUGCUUCCCAAGGGGCAAUAUGGAAUUGCUAAUGCUGCUAGUGUCGCCAACAACAUGGUGCGCAGCUUUCCACAUCUUAGAAUCGGGCUCAUGGUUGGAAUUGGGGGAGGCGUGCCAAGCGAGAGGCAUGACGUGCGUCUAGGAGACGUUGUUGUGAGCACCGUCACGGGAAGCCACGGGGCCGUGUUUCAAUAUGAUUAUGGCAAGACCAUACAGGGGCAAGAAUUUCAGGCCGCUUCAUUCUUGAAUCAGCCCCCAGCUCUCUUGCAAACUGCAGUUAGUGGUUUGGGAGCACAGCACGUGAUAGAAGGAUCCCGUCUUCAUGAAUACGUCGAGGAGGUCCUCAGUAAGAACCACCGACUGAGGACUAGGUUCCAGCAACCAGAUCUAGCGACAGACCGGUUAUACUUGUCAACGGUUAUUCAUGAUGAUGCAUGCUGCGCUGAUAUCAAUGAUCCGUCAAAAAUUGUUGGCCGGCUACCAAGAACUGAACGCGAGGAUGAUCCUAUGGUUCAUUAUGGGCUAAUAGCGUCCGCCAACCAGGUAAUGAAGGACGCCAUCAUGCGAGAUAAACUAUCGAGAAAGAAGGAUGUCCUAUGCUUCGAAAUGGAGGCGGCCGGCUUGAUGAAUCACUUCCCGUGUUUGAUUAUUCGCGGCAUUUGCGACUACUGUGAUACCCACAAGAACGAUAAAUGGCAAGGAUAUGCUGCGAUGACGGCGGCAGCAUACACAUGGGAUCUUCUUCAUCGUAUCCAACCUAGCAAGGUCAAUAUUGAGAAAAAACUGAGCGAGCUUGUGAAAAAUACUAAUAAGACCCUUGAGGAUAUUCAAUCUUCAACAAAUAAUACCAAAAGCCUUGUUAAAGCCAUUCAGACUGAUAAUCGCUUGCAGUCUCUUAGGAAAUGGCUUGAUCCUCCUGAUCCUUCUGUUAAUGUCAGCAAGGCCACCGAUCUACGUCGGCCCGGGUCAGGUCAAUGGCUACUUCAAGAUUCGAGGUAUCGGUCCUGCAAGAACCGAGAAAAUUCUCUUCUCUGGCUGUAUGGAAUGCCAGGCUGCGGGAAAACGGUCCUUAGUACCACUAUACUUCAAGAUUUGGAGAACGGCGGCACGGUUCUUUAUUUUUACUUUGAUUUCAAUGAUACUCGCAAGCAAACGUUUCAAAAUAUGAUCCGGUCGCUUUGCUAUCAGCUGUACCGCAACGAGGCAAGCCAAUCUCACCUAGACUUGCUGUAUUCUGAUAAUGAGGAUGGUAAAAGGAAACCGAGCACUGAAUCACUGGAAAGUACUUUCCGCAUGAUGGUUCAAGAGGCAGGAAAGAUUUACAUCCUACUUGAUGCUCUUGACGAGUGUUCUACGUUAGAGGAUCACCAUACAAGAGGACUGCUCUCCUGGAUUGAUAGCUUUCGAUCGUCGCGAAACAACGCUCAUUUUUUUGUUACAAGCCGCCCAGAGCACGCCAUCCAGUCACAAAUGGACGCAUGGCCUGAUGUUAUACUCUUGCCUCUGGAAAGUCACUUGACAGAACGCGAAAUUAAAUCAUAUAUAGAAGCGAGAGUUAUGAAACUAUCUAGGUGGAAUUCAAGGCCGGAUAUUCAAGAUGAAAUCAUAUCUGCGCUGAGUUCAAAGGCGAAUGGCAUGUAUCGCUGGGUUUCCUGCCAGUUUGAUACUCUGAGAGAUUGCCGGGAUCCUCCAACCUUAAGAACAGCACUCGAGUCUCUGCCUAAAACGCUGGAUCAAACAUAUAAUCGAAUCCUGGCGAGUGUACCCGAUCCUCACCGACAUUAUACUAUACGGCUCCUCCAAUUCCUAACUUUUUCGGAACGUCCGUUGCGAAUCGAAGAGGCUGUUGAUGCAAUUGCAGUCAAAGCCGAUGUCAAACCAUAUUUCAACCCGGGGGAUCGAAUGCCAGUUCCAGAGGAGGUCUUGAGCUAUUGCUCCAGCUUAGUGGCUAUGACCAAUAGACCUGAAGCAAAUGAUGAGCAGAAAGUCGAGAUUGUCAAAGAGCUGAGCCUAGCGCAUUUCUCAGUGAAGGAGUAUUUGAUAUCCGAUCGCUUCCAACAAGACGAUCGAAUGAAAGAUAUUAGACUUGAUUUCUUGGAAACGAAUGCAAGAGCUUCCAUUGUCAAGGUCUGUGUCGCAUACCUACUCGGAUUGGAAGCACUGAUCAAUACAAGCCAGGGGGCUGAUACCGACGAAUAUUAUGAUAGAAUGCUUUCAGAGGGUGGGCACAUAGCAGUUCGACGAAAAUAUCCGAUGGCUCAGUAUUCGGCGCAGUACUGGCCAGAACAUGCUAGACUGGUGAAGGAUAUUGGAGAGGGCAAAUCAUUAAUCUGGGAUUUGAUCAAUUCCGCAGCAUACAAAAUCAAUUGGUCGCUCUAUUAUAACAGCAGCAUUUUCUUUGGAGGGCGGUUGGGUGCUAUUUUCCCUCCCACGCUAUAUUAUACCUCACUUGCCGGGUUGGGUUGGCUUGUUGAAGGACUUCUCGAGGACGGUGCGGAUCUCAACGCCAAAGGCAACCGUGAAACGGCGCUUAAUAUAGCCGUGGAGUGUGGUCAUGAAGAGAUAGUGCACCUCCUCCUUCAGGCUGGUGCUGUUGCUGAUGCACCUAACAGAAAUGGAGACACUCCGCUCCAUGCCGCCAUGAAAUCUGGUGCUACCAGGAUCUUCCAGCUGCUUCUCGAACAUACCACCGACAUCAACAAGACAAAUGUUCUCCUGGUAGCCGUUAAGGAGGCGCAUAGCGAGAUUGUCCUACGUCUACUUAAAGGCGGGGUUGAUGUUAAUAAGGUUGGCGACGGCCGUGUUGGGGUACUGCCGCUACACGAAGCUGUACGAGGCGGCCACGUUGAAAUCAUCAAGCAGUUAUUAAAGCAUGGGGCCGACAUCAACGGAGUAAGCCUUGGAGGAACAGCGCUCCGAUUGGCCGCUCGUUGCGAUCAUUACACGAUCGUUCAACUGCUCAUAAGCCAUGGUGCCGACCUUGAUCUUGCUGGGAGCUGUGGGACACCUUUGCAAACCGCGGUAUACUAUGAUCAUGGAAACAUCGUCCAGUUCUUCCUCGAGCUCGGGGCCGACGCCAACCUGGUAUAUGAACACCGAGGGUCUUCUCUCACUUUAUAUUUGUUGACUAAUCAGUGGUUAAAUGGCGACAGACUCGAUGGGAGAAAUAAGCCGCUCUACGUAGCUGCAUCAUGCGGCCGUGGCACGAUCGUGGAACAGCUACUGAAGCACGGCGCCGACGUCAAUGCUAUCUCAACUAGCGAAGACUUAAAUGAUACGGCGCUCGAAGGAGCCUUGGCGGGCGGCCACAUAGACAUUGCUCAACAGCUCAUCAAGCACGGUGCUAAUGUCAAUGCAAGGAGCAAACGCCACGUAUCAGCCUUAUAUCAAGCUAUUGCAAUGGGUUUUGGACACAUCGUCGAGCAGCUUCUGGAUCUAGGCGCUGACCCAAAUGUGGCUGGGGAUCGGGGAACGGCGCUCCAUGAAGCAGUUAAAGGUGGCCAUGAGGGCAUGAUCCAACAGCUUAUUGACCACGGCGCCGACAUUGAUUCGCAUAGUGAGGCUCUUAAAGGAACACCGCUGUGUGCUGCAGUGUAUGCCGACCGCGGUGAGAUCGUGCGACUUCUCCUUCAAAAUGGCGCUAACGUCAAUGGCACUGAUCUUAAUUACGGUUUUGCACUCCAUACGGCAGUAAGGAACAGUCAGUGGGCGAUAUUACAACAAUUGCUCGAUCAAAGUGCCGACGUGAAUGUGACAGGGUACGAUGAUGAUAGGACAGCACUCCAAGUAGCUGUGUAUCACGGUCGACAAGAUGUUGCGCUACAACUCCUACAACAUGGUGCCAAGGCCAAUGCAACUGGCGAUUUUUUUGAAGGACCGGCCCUUAUAAUGGCCGCGAGAAGAGGCUAUACUGAGAUCGUCCGUCAGCUCCUUGAGUACGAUGCUGAUAUUGAUGCAAUUAGCUGGUCUGACGGAACGGCGCUUCAUGCAGCGGCGAGUCGAAGCCAGAGUGAAAUUGUUCAGCUGUUGCUCGAUCGAGGCGCGGAUGUGAAUAUAGUGGGUCAAUUUGGGACGGCCCUCCAAGCGGCUAUACUUUACGGUCAUGAUGAUAUUGUCAAGCAACUACGUGAACACGAGGCUGACCUCGCCCCUGCUGCAUGA